AUGAGCGUUGACGAGUUUCAAGAGCGGCGGGUGGAGGAGAGUGCGGACUAUGAGGUUCUUGCGCAGCGGCGGCGGUUCCUGGAACGGAAGCUGGUGGAGCAGCAGUACUUGCAGAAGCAGUUGCAGGUUCUGUACAACCUGCUGGACAAGACGCGGAACUACCAGGAGUUUACGGACACGCUGAUGAAUAACCAGAACCUGCUGCGGGAGGUGUUUACGCUGGAGGGCCAUUUGCGGCGGUCUGUGGCGCAGGUGGACGGGCAGCCGGAUAUCGACUGGAGCAAGUACGGGGUGGACCUAGCGGAGUAUAUAGCCAGCGACUCCAGGCUGCUGGCGUUGUACACAGACGGUUGCUUGUGA